AUGGGCAAGAAGCGUGUUCUCAUCUCUUAUGGCGUGGAUGUCGAUGCUGUCGCGGGUUGGUUAGGAUCAUAUGGCGGCGAAAAUAGUACCAGUGACAUCAGUCGAGGAUUGUUCGCUGGUACUGUAGGCACACAGCGUCUCUUGAAGAUGUUCAAGAAGUACGGAAUUCGUACCACAUGGUUCAUACCUGGCCACAGUCUGGAGACGUUCCCCGAAGACAUGGCAGCAGUGCGCGAUGCUGGUCACGAGAUUGGCCUGCACGGCUACAGUCAUGAAAACCCGGUCGACAUGACUAUUGAACAGCAAAGAGACAUACUCGAUAAGACGUAUCGCAUGUUGACUGACUUCGCUGGGAAGCCGCCAAGAGGCAGUGUUGCACCAUGGUGGGAGACUAGCCGGGAGGGUGCCGAGUUACUGCUGUCAUAUGGUAUCGAGUAUGACCACAGCAUGAGCCACCACGACUGUCAGCCCUACUAUCUGAGAACCGGUGACACUUGGACCAAGAUCGACUACGAAAAGAAGGCAGAUGAAUGGAUGAAGCCACUAGUCACAGGUCAAGACACAGGACUGGUCGAGAUACCUGCAAACUGGUACCUGGAUGAUCUGCCACCGCACAUGUUUAUCAAGGGCUCACCCAACAGCCACGGGUUCGUCAAUGCACGAGACACCGAGGAUUUAUGGCGCGAUCACUUCGACUAUUUCUACAGAGAGUACGAUGAGUUUAUCUUUCCGAUCACGAUUCAUCCAGACGUCUCUGGCAGACCACACCUGCUGUUGAUGCACGAAAGAUUGAUCGAACACUUCAUGAAGCACGAAGGUGUCGAGUUUGUGACAAUGGAGGAUAUGGCAGAUGAGUUCAAGAAGAAGAACGCACCGCCUGAGGGAGCUCUGAUGCCAGCCGAAGCAGGGCUGAAGCUAAAGUAG